GCAGCCUCUUUCCACACAAGACUGACUGCAGAGCUGAAAUCAGAAGAGCUGCUCUUCACAGGCAGUAGAAAGCCCCGGCUAGCUGUACAGCUGUCCUCUGCAAGCAGGCCAGUGUGCUCUUUACACAUUUGUUAAUGGAUGUGACCCCCUGUCCCUGGUCCAGGAGGUGAUAUUAACUGCCUGCUACGGCUCUGAUAGCUGGACUCUAGACACCACUAUGACUGAACGCUUUGACUGCCACUACUGCAAUGAGUCCCUGUUUGGUAAGAAGUACAUCCUGAAGGAAGACAGCCCCUACUGCGUGAAAUGCUAUGAAAAUCUUUAUUCCAAUACUUGUGAAGAAUGCAAAAAACCUAUUGGCGCUGACUGCAAGGAUCUGUCUUACAAGGACCGCCACUGGCAUGAAGCUUGCUUCCACUGCUUCCAGUGCAAGAAUUCCCUGGUGGACAAACCUUUUGCUGCAAAAGAGGAACAUCUACUUUGUACUGAUUGCUACUCCAACGAAUAUUCUUCCAAAUGUAAUGAGUGCAAGAAGACUAUUAUGCCAGGUACUCGGAAGAUGGAAUACAAGGGCAACAGCUGGCACGAGACCUGCUUUAUCUGCUACCGCUGCCAACAGCCUAUUGGGACAAAGAGUUUCAUCCCAAAGGACAAUCAAAACUUCUGCGUACCCUGCUAUGAAAAGCAGUUUGCCAUGCAGUGCGUCCAGUGCAAGAAGGCUAUCACUACAGGAGGCGUUACUUAUCGGGAGCAGCCGUGGCAUAAGGAGUGCUUCGUUUGUACUGGAUGCAAGAAGCAGUUGUCUGGACAACGCUUUACCUCCAGGGAUGAGUUUGCAUAUUGCCUGAGCUGCUUCUGCAACCUCUAUGCCAAAAAGUGUGCUGGAUGCACCAACCCAAUCAGUGGACUUGGAGGAACGAAGUACAUCUCCUUUGAAGAAAGACAGUGGCAUAAUGAUUGCUUUAACUGUAAGAAGUGCUCUCUCUCAUUAGUGGGUCGUGGCUUUCUCACGGAAAGGGAUGACAUCCUUUGCCCUGAAUGUGGGAAGGAUAUUUAAAGCUCAAAGUAACAGGUGGGGAGAGGGGAGGAAAGCUGUGCUUGCAAUAUAUAGUCUGACAUACAAGGAUGUUCAGAACUAGCUUUGCCACUCUCUUCGCUGUACUAUUACCACUAGUUAGCAUUUUUCUUCAAACUCGCCAAAUGCUGAGGGAAAACAACUUCAAAAUCUCUAGUAGCAGUGCUGGCAUCUGAGAUUUUUACAGCUAACCACAACUAGUGCAAAACCUUAGAUGUAAAACCAUUUGAGUGUUAGUGACGUAACACACUCUUCUGUUUUGGUUUUUUUUUUCUCCCCUUCCACUAAAUAUUCCAGUAAGUGAUAUAGUUCAAGGAUUAUAAUGGCCAUGCACAAUACAUUCCUAGAUGGAUAUUCAGGGCAAAAUCCUCAGCCCACUGAAAUCAAUGGAAAACAACAUUCACUUUCAGUAAGGUUGUGGUCUUGCCUCAGUGAGCUAUGUGACUAGUGUGUGCUGUCAAGUGUGUAGAAAGACUGCGAACGUAGAGACUGUUUCAAUGUACAAGGAUUUGUGCCAUGCCAUAAAGAGAUAAUGGUAAAACAGUUGGAGUAGGAGCACUGCAUAACAGGUACAUAUCUUAUUGCAUGACUAGCUGAUCAUUGUGUGAAGCAAGAGUUCUGAUUAACACUGUCAGCAUUACAGUUAGUCGACAUUACAUUGCACAAUGUAUUUUUCAAAAUAAAAUAAUUUAAACCAAAAUUGUGAUGGUGGUUUAAUUGUGUUUACAUACUAGAUAUUUACAAACAAAAUGUUUUCAGUCUGAAGAAAUGCUGCAUAAGAGCCAUAUAAACACACUCCUUUUUGCACCCAGUCAUUAUGAAACUUUGACAUUUAGACAGUCCUUCAAUGGAUCCUGCUGAUACAACAGUCUCCUCCUAACCAAAAUCAGUGCGAAAGCUAUCAGCAAAACUUAACAAACGUGAAAAUACUGUAUCGACUGCAGCUGAUAAAAAAAUGUGUUCACAUCUCUAAACUCAAAACCAAAAUAUUGUUCUCAGCAAGCAAGGAGGACAACACAACUCAAAAGACAUUUAUCUUUACAGAAGUCAGAAAUUUAACUUCUAUUCUAGGGCAUGCUUUAAUUUUGUUCUGUGUUAAAAUAUACAAUACCAUUUGCUCUAGCACCAUUUCUGCUACAUGUUUGCUGCAAAGGCCACUGUCAGCACUAGUACACUGGCAGGACAAUACAAUCAAGAGGAAACAAUCCAAAGGAAGGUAACUGUCUUCACAAAUCAAACUUCAAGAAAUAUGGCCAUGUUAUGCAAUGCACAACCCUGGUACGCCUUCCAGACGGAAUUCAUUUGUAUCCAGCAGGAGGAUGAAAGUAAUAUGUUACUCUUCCAACAUGAAUCUUUGUAUGUGGAAAGAAUUAGGAACAUACUUAGUCUGUGUGUCACUGGGUAGGGAAAGUUUGCCAUCACUCUUAAAUUUGUCUCUUUUGUACCAAGUGUAAAGUGCUCACACAUCAUUCUUCUCUCAUUAAUUCAACAAGCUAAAUAGAUGCAUCAGAUCAGAUUGGGUAAACGGCAAACCAUGGGAAGAACUUGGCAGCUGAUAUUUUUGAAGUGCUCACCACACUAAUCUGAUCUCACUGAACAACUAGAUUCUGUUGUUUGGUGAUUUCAUUCUAUGAUGAAGACCGUAGUAAAGACAAACCAUAAAAAUCCCUCUUAUAUCGAACACCUCCCAAAGGAUGGCAAGCACCUCACUCUCUUCUGCAGCCUGGCCAUCGGCCAGCAUAAAGCAGCUCUGCUCUAGUGCAUUGCAGAGUAAAGAAGGAUUACCAUUAACUAAGGGGGUAGCAGAAAGUAGGAAGAGGAGCAUGUCUUGCACAUUGCCCCCUUUACCUCCAAGCACUACAACAGACAACAAAAUGGUCUCAUCUUUGAGGAAAGGUAAACGAAACAUGACAAGGCUGGUAAGCACGCUAGCCUGAAAACAAAGACUGUUACCACGCAAUAGCAGCAUCACACUAUUAUUUCUGUACAUUUCUGCACAUCACUCCUUAACACACACGUGCUCCUAGCAACUGAAACUACAACAAAACAUAAUCUGGAUUCUAAACCACUGCCAAGAAGCCACCCACAAAACAGAACUCCUACCAAACUGUUACACUAGCGGAAGGACCAACAUUUCACGUGAACUAAAUGCUGCUAAAACUCCAAAGCAGCUAUGAGCCUUUUACCCUGUAAGCUUUGUCUGAAGUUCUAACCGCUUCAACUCCACUGAAAUAAAACCAUAACAAAAAGAACAAGCUUAAUUACACCACAAAAACAAGUCAGCACUAUUUUAUUUGCUUUUAAUUGAGUUUAUUUAAAUAGGAUAAGGCUACUUAAAAGAAACUUUACAUACAAAAUGUACGUUACGUUAAAGUUUGCUGUACUCAAGUACAAAAAAUGCACAAGUGUUUAAUAAAAGGGAAACAUCACACAAUUUCAAAACACACACAUUCUUACCAUCUUACAGCAUUCAAGAAGUGCCCUUUAUGCCAUAACAGUGAAUGGAGAACUUCUGUCAGUAAUGAAUGUCACUACAGUUUUUAAUUUCAAUAUUAACCAAUGUUAAAAAUGUAAAUAGGCUUUCAGAUCACUACUGACAGCUUCUUUUAGUGGGUUAGGUAAGUGGAUUCAGAAGUUGAUUCUCUUCUUUUGGUUUUCUUUUACUAAGUCUAGGGGCAUUAUUUAUUUACCACCAGUACUGAAAAAAGAUCUAAAUUUGCUUCACCUUGAGCCACUGAGAUUUAAUAAAAAUGUUUCCAUCAGCUUAACUGGAUUUCUGCCUUAUAAGGCACUACCAAUCUAGAGGAAACACCAAGUUUCACAGAAAACCAAUUAAAUUAUCAAAGGGAGGGAAAAUAAGUUGUUUUAUUUUUUCAGAGUGUAACUACAUACGCUAAUGCUCUCAAGGUACUUCUCGUGUCUUCCUUUCCCUCUCCAACUGUUAGUAAGUUAAGAAAGCACUGACCUGCAUUCCACAGGCUCUCCCCAUAUUUUAUAAGCAUGCUUGUAACCAGGAAAACAAGCAAAUUUGCUACAUCGGCACAUUUUUACACUUUGCAUGUAUAGAAUAUGCCUGUGCAUUUAAGGGAACGUGGCAUUAAUCCAUUCACUACUUUCUUUCAAAGACUCACAUCAGACAGUUCAAUGAAACAUACUUCCAUCCGUGCAUUUCUUUUUUCAUGUCAAUAAGAGAAACUUCAAUUUGAAGUAAUGCUGUUAAAAAGUUCAUCUCUUAUUACCAACCUAACUUGCCCUGUAUAUUCUACACUCCUGUUCUGUGCAACAAAAAGGGAAAAAAGUUGUCUCAGACUAUCUUAGCAGCAGAAUCAUCAGUUUCCUCAUCUAAACAAAUCACCUCUUUGAAACCAAGAAAGCUCUUGGGAUCACUCAGAAUCUCAAUAGUUAUUUUAACUAUUUUACCUGAAGUGGAACAAAACUGAAUCUUACCGAAACAAAAAAAAAAUACAUAUUUAUAUGUGUGAAUUAUAGUGACAUGCAGGAGAUGAACCAUAAUAAUCUUGAAAACUAAGAGUGGGGGGCUUAGUAUAGUGUAAUAUUGCCACCUUUUAAAGAAAAAUGAACUACUUGGUGUAUAAGAGUAGAAGCUCUUAAGGUGACUGGUGAUACAUGACUCCAGCUUUACAAUAGGGAACUAUGAAACUUGUUAAAACUUCAGA